GAAAUGGCUCUCACGUGAGGGAGGCGGCAGCGCCCGGCUCACCCUGCCCACUGCCCUAGGAGGAGGCGCCAGCGGGUCUGUGGCCGUCUGCAGCAUGCCGACGAGCUUCACGGUGGUGCCGGUGGAGGCGCAGGGCGAGGAGCGGCAGCGGGAUGGGCAGCAGCGAGAGGACGAAGAUGAAGGCGACGAGAGAGACCGGGGCACUGGGGAUGGGAUUGCCAGGGAAAGUAGUCCAUUUAUUAACUGUGCGGAAUUGGGCAGAGGAAGCAUGUAUGAAGGAAAGAAUAUGGCUCUCUUUGAGGAAGAAAUGGAUAGUAACCCCAUGGUGUCAUCUCUUCUGAAUAAACUAGCAAACUACACUAAUCUGACUCAAGGAGUGGUGGAACAUGAAGCAGAUGAAGACAGCAAACGAAAGGAAGUGAAGGGUCCACGAAUGGGCACCUUUAUUGGCGUAUAUCUUCCCUGUUUGCAAAACAUCUUGGGAGUUAUCCUUUUCCUGCGUUUAACAUGGAUUGUAGGAACAGCUGGAGUUCUUGAGUCUUUCAUCAUUGUGUUCAUGUGUUGUGCUUGUACUAUGCUAACUGCAAUUUCAAUGAGUGCUAUAGCAACAAAUGGUGUAGUUCCAGCUGGAGGCUCUUACUACAUGAUUUCAAGAUCUUUAGGGCCAGAGUUUGGUGGAGCAGUGGGACUUUGUUUCUACUUGGGUACAACCUUUGCAGGAGCAAUGUACAUUCUUGGUACCAUUGAAAUUUUAUUGACCUAUAUUUCUCCAAGUGCUGCAAUAUUUAAAGUGACAGAUGUUGGUGAAGAAACAGAGGCUAUGCUGAACAACAUGAGAGUCUAUGGAACAUGUAUUGUCAUUCUGAUGGCCAUAGUAGUUUUUGUGGGAGUAAAGUAUGUCAACAAGCUUGCACUGGUCUUCCUUGCCUGUGUGAUUCUUUCCAUCAUUGCCAUAUAUGCUGGAGUUAUUAAGACUGCUUUUGACCCACCUGACUUUCCUAUCUGUCUCCUUGGAAACCGUACAUUGUCAAAACGCAGCUUUGAUGUCUGUGCCAAAUUUACUGAAAGCAAUAAUGAAACAAAGACUACACCUUUGUGGCUCCUGUUCUGUGAUAGUUCUUUGCUUAAUGCUACAUGUGAUGACUACUUUAGUCUCAAUAAUGUAACAGAAAUUCAAGGAAUUCCAGGAAUAAUGAGUGGAGUUCUAACUGAUAAUCUCUGGAGUGCCUAUUCAGAAAAAGGAUCAAUAGUUGAGAAAAAAGAUCAGCCAUCAGUUGCUGGAUCAGAAGAAUCAAAAAUGGGUGGACUUCCUUAUGUUUUUACAGACAUCAUGACCUACUUCACAAUGCUUGUAGGGAUUUAUUUCCCAUCUGUGACAGGUAUUAUGGCAGGUUCAAAUAGAUCUGGAGAUCUAAAGGAUGCUCAGAAAUCUAUUCCUACUGGAACAAUUUUGGCUAUUUCAACUACAUCUUUUAUUUAUCUCUCCUGUAUAGUGUUGUUUGGCGCCUGUAUAGAAGGUGUAAUAUUAAGAGAUAAGUUUGGAGAAGCAGUUAAUGGAAAUCUGGUGGUUGGUACACUAGCCUGGCCUUCUCCAUGGGUAAUUGUGAUUGGUUCAUUCUUUUCAACAUGUGGUGCUGGUCUCCAGAGUCUCACUGGUGCACCCCGGCUAUUGCAGGCCAUUGCAAGAGAUGGCAUUGUACCGUUUAUUCAAAUAUUUGGUCAUGGAAAAGCAAAUGGAGAACCAACUUGGGCUCUGCUUCUCACUGUUGGUAUUUGUGAAAUAGGAAUUUUGAUAGCCUCAUUGGACAGUGUAGCACCGAUUCUUUCAAUGUUUUUCCUUAUGUGCUAUAUGUUUGUAAAUCUGGCUUGUGCAGUUCAGACGCUUUUGCGAACUCCCAACUGGAGACCUCGUUUCAAGUAUUACCACUGGACUCUUUCAUUCGUGGGGAUGAGUUUAUGUCUUGCCUUGAUGUUCAUUUGCUCUUGGUACUAUGCUUUGAUUGCCAUGCUAAUCGCAGGAUGUAUAUACAAAUACAUAGAAUAUAGAGGAGCGGAAAAAGAAUGGGGCGAUGGAAUCCGAGGACUGUCUCUGAAUGCAGCUCACUAUGCUUUGCUUCGUGUUGAAGACGGUCCUCCUCACACCAAGAACUGGAGACCUCAACUUUUGGUCUUGUUAAACUUGGAUAAUGAGCAGUUAGUCAAACACCCUAGAUUGCUUUCUUUUACCUCUCAGUUGAAGGCUGGUAAAGGACUGACUAUUGUGGGUUCUGUGCUUCAGGGAAUCUACUUAGACAAAUGUACAGAAACUCACAAAGCUGAAGAGAAUGUUAAGGCCUUAAUGGGUGUAGAAAAGACUAAAGGAUUUUGCCAGAUUGUGGUAUCUCCUAACUUCAGAGAUGGAAUAUCCUAUUUGAUUCAGUCAGCUGGUCUAGGAGGGAUGAAGCACAACACAGUCCUGAUGGCAUGGCCACAGUCGUGGAAGCAGGCAGAAAAUCGUUUCUCAUGGAAAAAUUUUGUUGAUACUGUACGAGAAACAACUUCAGCUCAACAAGCACUUUUGGUGGCUAAAAACAUUGACUUGUUUCCAACAAAUCAAGAGCGUUUUACUGAAGGAAAUAUAGAUGUGUGGUGGAUUGUUCAUGAUGGUGGGAUGCUGAUGUUGCUGCCUUUCCUCCUUCGACAGCACAAGGUUUGGAGAAAAUGUAAAAUGCGUAUCUUCACUGUUGCUCAAAUGGAUGAUAAUAGCAUUCAAAUGAAGAAGGAUCUUCAGAUGUUCUUAUACCACCUUAGACUAAAUGCUCAAGUGGAAGUUGUUGAAAUGCUUGAAAAUGAUAUUUCUGCGUUCACAUAUGAGAAAACACUUAUGAUGGAACAGCGAUCUCAGAUGCUAAAACAGAUGCAGCUAUCAAAGAAUGAAAGAGAAAGGGAGAUUCAGAGCAUCACAGAUGAGUCUCGAGGCUCAGUUAGAAGAAAUAGCUACUCCAGUCCAUUGUCCAUUGUCCAAGAUGCUCAGGCACUGCUGACUAAUGAUUAUCAAGAGGAAGAGGCACAGCUGAUCCAUGAUAAAAACACUGCCUCACGCUCUACUCCAGCAGUUGAAGCAAGUGUGGCUGCUGCUGUGGCAGAGAAAGUGCAAAUGACCUGGACUAAAGAAAAGUUUGUAGCGGAAAAGCAUAAAAACAAGGAUUCCAAUGUGUCUGGCUUUAAAGAUAUUUUCAACAUGAAGCCAGAAUGGGAAAAUCUGAAUCAGUCAAAUGUGAGAAGAAUGCACACUGCUGUGAAGCUCAAUGGAGUAGUGCUUAAUAAAUCACAGCAUGCUCAGCUAGUCCUCCUGAAUAUGCCUGGACCUCCUAAAAACAGAAAAGGGGAUGAAAACUACAUGGAAUUUCUGGAAGUUCUGACAGAAGGUCUAGAUAGAGUUCUCCUAGUCCGAGGCAGUGGACGUGAAGUGAUCACCAUUUAUUCUUAAUCUGUUUGCAUGUGUUUUUCAAACACAACAGACCCCCUACCAUAAGAAAACAAAGUUUUUUGCCAUAAUUUGAGCAGCUUUGUUGUCUUCUAGUGCAUUGAAAAUUAGCUUCAAGCUGAAUCUUCUGAUGAUGUGGGGGUUUUUUUCCUAGGAAGCUGUUCUAUUUAAAUAACAUUUUAAGCAGAUUUAUGUAGAAAAUUAAUAAAUGGUGAAUUAGUAAAUGGUGAAUGGCUUAGGAUAUUUAUAUGUAGCAUAUUCUGACACUUCUUAAACUGUGGUAAAACAAAAAAAAAUUGGUAAUGCAAUCGUGUUUUUAAAGAUAUAGAAAUGUCAGUGACUUUUGAUUAUUUUAAUCUUUGCUCUGCAUCUAAAUAAAAGGGAAGGGUUUUAGAAAAUGUUGUCUUUUUUUCUUACCAAAAUGCUGCUAUGUUGCUUCUUUUGGAAUUAGUUGCGGUUCAGGAACCUUCCUUCAGAGAUGUAUACAUCCAGUCAAAUUUGUUUAUGAAGUGCAUUAAGUGUUUCCCAGAAGUUCGUUAUUUGCCAUACUGGUUAAAAAUAACAUUUCCGUAUUUAAAAUACUCAGGUAGCUGAAACCUCCAGAUGAUAGUAAACAGAUAAGCUGUGUGAGUUCUUUUCUAUGAGGUACUGGCAGUUACCAUUAUUUUGCAUUAUUAUAGCAAUAAUGAAACAUGACAGCAUCCAACUUACAGGAAGGCUAUGGUGCCGGAACUCCACCUGGUUCCAAAUAUAAUUCAACAGUUGAUAAACCACAACAAGGUGGUUAAUGAAAUGCAGUCUCUUGUUUUCAAAUAUUUAUAUUUUGAAAAUGUUGUAUGUAUGUGCUGCUGUUUGAAAUAAAAUCUGCUUUUCUGAAAUGAAUGAGCUCCUAAAUGUUUUUAAUUUGAAAUUGUUGAGUAGUUUAGUUUAGGUGCUCAAUAGAAACCUUUUGCUCCUGUUACAAUUCUGUUCCUUUUUAGGCAGUCUUUAGUUUUGUAAAUGUUGUUUAAGACCUAAAGUGUAUCAGAAGAUUGUUCUGCUCUAAAAAGAAUAAGUCUGUUUAAACAUAUAAACCACUAUUUUAUCUAUUUUAUUUUUUCUUUUUUUUAAAUUCCUUUAUAAUACAAUCAAGAUGUCUGUUGCUCAGACUAGAACAAGAGUGAUGCCGUGCCCAAGUCGCUGGCUGGGCUCAAGGCCAGUGUUUUUAU